AUGCUGCGGGUAUACUCGAUGUCAGGGGAGGAGCUGUGUGCAACUCCUGCAGAGGAGCUCACUGAUGUAAAGGCCUUGAAGCAGCAAUUGCAAUCUGCGUGCGGUUGCUCCCGUUUUCGACAGAAGCUACUACACCAAGGCCGGGUCCUGAAUGAUGGUGAGUGUCUGCAGGGAUGUUGCAUUGACCUGGACUUCGUACUGCUGCCUUUCUGCAAUACGAAGAGGCGCCCGCGGUGCUAUGAGCUUCA